UAUCGAAGUGAAAGAAGAAGAAGAAGAAGCGGAGAAUUCAAUUCAGACUGUAAGAAGUCAAUGGGGUUGUAUUCGACUUUGACCGAUUUCAUCGGCGCGUACACCGGUCUAUCUCCGGCGGCAUUCUUCACGAUAUUAGCCAUAAUGUUUGUUGCUUACAAGGUUGUUUGCGGAAUGUUCGUGGCGGCAACCGAUUACUCCGCCGUCCAGCGUGAGAACGCCUACGCUCUUCGCGAUCCCGUUCAAAUGGGUGACGUUACCGAGGAGGAACUCCGAUCAUACGAUGGAUCUGAUUCUCAGAAGCCUUUGCUUAUGGCUAUCAAAGGCCAGAUUUUCGAUGUAUCUCGUUCUAGGAUGUUUUAUGGACCUGGUGGACCAUAUGCUUUAUUUGCAGGCAGGGAUGCAAGCAGAGCCCUAGCUCUCAUGUCGUUCGAUGAAAAAGACCUAACUGGAAACAUUGAGGGUCUCGGUGAAUCUGAGCUCGAGGUCUUACUGGACUGGGAAUUGAAAUUCAAAGAGAAAUAUGUUCAAGUUGGGCAGCUUGUUGGAGAGAAGAAGAAUGAAGAUGAGAAAACCGAAAACAAAGGUAAUAAUAUUGACAAUUCCAGUAUUGAAUCUUGAAGAUGUUAUCUAUGCAUAACUGUAAUAUCAGUAAAAACUUAUUUCCCACUCAAGGUAGCAUCUUAGUAUUUUGUUGUUGAUUUAAGAAACUUGAUAUGUGAUUGUUUAGGGUGAUCUAAUUGAUAUGGAUGACAAUGAGUUUAUAUUUGG